GACAAAUUACACACCAUUUCAUUCGCAGCCUCACUCGCUACUCUCUCUUCACAAUCACUCACAUUUCGAUUCGAAUCUGCAGGAAAAACUAAGCAGAAUGUCGUACGAGGGAAUUCUAAUGGGAAUGGGAAAUCCACUUUUGGAUAUUUCAGCGGUUGUGGAUGAAGAAUUUUUAGCCAAGUAUGGUAUUAAAUUGAACGAUGCAAUUCUUGCAGAGGAAAAACACGUGCCUAUGUAUGAUGAAAUGUCAUCUAAAUACCGUGUGGAGUACAUUGCUGGCGGUGCUACACAGAAUUCAAUCAGAGUUGCUCAGUGGAUGCUUCAAAUUCCUGGUGCAACCAGUUACAUAGGCUCAAUUGGAAAGGACAAAUAUGGCGAGGAAAUGAAGAAAAAUGCCAAACAAGCUGGUGUUAAUGUUCAUUACUACGAAGAUGAGUCUCCCACUGGUACUUGCGCUGUAUGUGUGGUGGGUGGCGAAAGAUCUCUCGUGGCCAAUUUGUCGGCAGCAAAUUGCUACAAAUCUGAUCAUUUGAAGAAACCGGAAAAUUGGUCAUUGGUUGAAAAGGCAAAGUACUUCUACAUUGCUGGAUUUUUUCUCACAGUUUCCCCAGAGUCCAUCAUGCUUGUUGCUGAGCAUGCAGCUGCAAACAACAAGGUUUUCAUGAUGAACCUUUCUGCUCCAUUUAUCUGUGAGUUCUUCAAGGAUGUGCAAGAGAAAGCAUUACCGUAUACAGACUUUGUUUUUGGAAAUGAAACGGAAGCACGAACUUUCUCCAAAGUUCAUGGCUGGAAGACUGACAAUGUUGAGGAAAUAGCUUUGAAAAUCUCCCAGUGGCCAAAGGCAUCUGGAACACACAAAAGAAUUACUGUUAUUACUCAGGGUGCUGAUCCAGUUGUUGUUGCGGAGGAUGGGAAGGUGAAGUUGUUCCCUGUAAUUUUAUUGCCAAAAGAGAAACUUGUUGAUACAAAUGGGGCAGGGGAUGCUUUCGUUGGAGGAUUUCUGUCUCAGUUGGUUCAAGAGAAACCCAUUGAAGAUUGUGUAAAAGCAGGUUGUUAUGCAUCAAAUGUCAUUAUCCAGAGGUCCGGCUGCACUUACCCCGAGAAGCCCAAUUUUAAAUGAGGUGUUCUUUAAUUUCCAUGUAUCGCUUAAAUCAUUGCUUGCAAGGGAUUUUGAUGGGGCCCACGAAUAAUCACAUUUGCAUAAUUAUGUUAUUUGGUAUUACGAUUGAAGCUUAAGUUUUUCCCUAAAUGAUGCUUCAUGGCUAGUCACGAUGAUAUGAAUGAAAUAAAAAUUAAAACUUUA